AAUGCCGCCGCAGAGCCUCCGAAUCGAUACGUCGCGCGUCACGUGCCGCCGAGCGCGACCAAUAGCGAGCGAGCGGCGGGCGGGGGCCGCUCUCCGCCGCCAGUGCACGUCUGAAUGCCGAGCGGGACGGUCGCUCGCUCGCUUCCCGCUCGAUUUCACCGAAAACCGGUCCGUUGCGAUGUGUAUUGCCAUAGUGUAGUGCGAUGAGUGCGUGGACGGAGGAAGUGUUGUCCUGGCGCGACGACCGGCUCGGCCUGACCGAGCUGCCGAGCACGACGAGGCGGAAGAAUCGCACCGCGCCUUACAGGCUCCACCGGCCGCACUUACCAGCGGCGCACGUCCCCGAGCCCGCGCCAGAGCAAGGCACCCACAUCUCGCGGCUCUACCCCGAGCUGCUGGCGCUGAUAUUCGAGCGGUUGCCGGUGCGGGACAGGGGACGGGCGGCUCAGGUGUGCCGCGCGUGGCGCGACGCGGCCGACCGGCGCUCCGUGUGGCGCGGAGUGGAGGCCGCCUUGCAUCUGAGGAGGCCGGCGCCCGUGCUGUUCGCUUCCCUGGCGAGACGAGGCGUGCGGAAACUACAGGUUCUGUCCCUGCGGCGCGGCCUCCGAGAUGCGGUCGCCGCUUUACCCGGCCUGGAGUCCCUGUCUCUCAGCGGCUGCUACAGCGUCACCGAUGCGGCACUCGCAAGCGCCUUCGCGGCUGAACUACCAGCGCUCCGACGGUUAGAUCUCUCGCUGUGUAAACAGGUCACGGAUUCAUCCCUCGGCAGAAUAGCGCAGUCAUUAAAGAAUUUGGAAGAGUUGGAACUGGGCGGCUGCUGCAAUAUAACCGAUACAGGACUACUCUUAAUCGCGUGGGGUCUGCGGAAAUUGCGCCGUCUGAACCUGAGGUCGUGCUGGCAUGUGAACGAUGACGGCAUAGCGCACCUGUGCGGCGGCGGGGAGGCGAGAGGGACCCCCGAGUUGGAGCAUUUGGGACUACAAGACUGCCAGAGGUUGACGGACGAAGCAUUGAAGCACGCCGCUACGGGGCUUCCGAAACUGAAGUCGAUCAACCUGUCGUUUUGCGUGGCGGUGACUGACGCCGGGUUGAGGCAUUUAGCUCGACUCUCGCAUUUAGAGGAUGUCAAUCUGAGGGCGUGCGAUGGGGUGUCCGACGCCGGCGUCGCUCACCUGGCGGAGAGCGGAAGACUGAGGGCUCUAGACGUGUCGUUCUGCGACAAAGUCGGGGACGAGGCCCUCUCGCACGCGACGUUGGGGCUGUCGGGGCUCCGCUCGCUAUCGCUGAGCGCCUGCCGCUUGACCGACGAAGGCCUCGAGAGAGUCGCGAGGCUGUCGCAGCUGGAGACGCUCAACAUCGGACAGUGCACGCGCGUCACCGACCGAGGCCUGCGCGCGCUGGGGGAAGGCCUCCGCAACCUGAAGGCGAUAGACCUGUACGGAUGCACGUGCAUCACGCCGCAGGGCUUGGACCAUAUCGUGAAGUUGCCGCGGCUCAGUGUACUCAACCUCGGGUUGUGGCAUGUGCGGUGACCACCACACUAGUCUGUGUUGUGUUGUGAGUGUGUGAGUGCGACGCCAUGUUGAACUGAAGGAACCGUCAAGGUUGUAUACUGGACAGCGAUUAUGGAAUUAACCAAUUAUAAGAUAUUAAUAGUUAGGAAACGGGGUUGCUUUCUCGUUCUGUUUUUAGCAAGUUGAGUUAUCGUUGGAUGAUUGUUGGAAAUGAACUGUGAUUUUUUUUAAUGUCCGUUUUAGUUGAGUUAUUGAGUUAUUGUAAGAAGGUUGCCCCGACGCCUAGUCGCAAUAAAAGCUAGAUCUUUUUGUCGCAUAUAUAUUUGUAUUCAAACUAUGUCUUACAUGUAUUAUUGUUAAAAGCUGUCUAUUUUUCUGGAUUUCCGGAAGUAAUGAACAAGAAUAUCGACUCAUUGAGUCGGACACUAAGUAAUUCUUGCGUUAGUUAAAGUAUAAUAAGUACCUACCGAAUUAGUAUGACUAUUAUACAUAAAAUGUACCUACCUACUUUAUUUGUCAAAAGCAAUUUGUUAGCGAUUACGAAAAGGUCUAGUUUUUUUAUUAUAAUUGCUCCAUUAGGUAGAUACUUAGCCAUUCUUCUAAUUAUUAUUAUUUUUAAUUCGACCAUGCGCAUUGGGAAAUAGCAAUUUGUUAAUGUUUCCUCAAUAAGUAUGUUUGGUGGCACUGAUGUUCAGAAAGCUGUUACGAUCAAAAUAUCUGUAUAUUCAUCUAUAUUAAUAAAUAUUGUAUAAUAUGUAUGUUUGUAUAUUGAUUUAAAUGUUACAUUCCAUAUUGCUAGCUAAGUAGAACUUCUUAUGUCAGCCAAAGUAGAUCAAGUAAUCCAAAAAGUAAAUUUGAGUAAUCUUACAUGCCUGUAGUGUUAAUGGCUUGACGUCCGAUAAAAUUGAUUGUGUGUUGGUCGCGAUCUGCAUGAUGUCAUGCGCAUCGCGACCAACACACGAUCAGUUUUAUCGCCUGUCAAGCCGUUAGUGCUGCAGGCAUGUGAGAUUACGUGAUCGUCAGUGACUGACAUUAGAAAAGUGUUGCUCGCACAAUUUUGCUCAUGAUGAUGAUGAAAUGAAUUAUACCUAGCUAUUCAUGAAUCUCGGAGAUUUUUAAAAAUUUUGCGAGCAAGACUUUUCUAUUCUUUUUUUUGUCAGAAAUUCUUUCCAUCGUAGUAGAAAAUCGCCAAUAACUUGACUGGCUUGUAGCUAAGAACUCUCAGAACACUCAGCUUUCAAACAAGAAAAAACGCAUCAAUUUGGCCCAUUUUUAGUCAAAUUUGUUUAGAAGCUAGACUGUCGGAGAUUUUAAAAAUUUUGCGAGCAACACUUUUCUAUUCCUUUUUUAUUUUUGUCAGAAAUUCUUUCCAUCAUAAUAGAAAAUUGCCAAUAACUUGACUGGCUUAUAGUUAAGAACAAUCACUCAGCUUACAAACAAGAAAAAAAAUGCAUCAAAGUUAGACUGUCGGAGACUAAAAUUUUGCGAGCAUCACAUUUUUAUUACUAUUUCAUUUUGUCAAUUUUUUUCCAUCAUAGUAGAAAAUCGCCAAUAACUUAACUGGCUUAUAGUUAAGAACGAUCUCUCGGCUUUUACACGAGAAAAAACGCAUCAAUUUAAUCCAUUUUGAGUAAAAUUUAGAUUUAGAUGCGUAGGUAGGUAGGUAUAUCAACACAGUUGGUGACACUAUUUCUGAAAUAAAUGUUAAAAUUACUCCCUAAAAUUAUUUUUGCGCUCAAAAAGAAGACAUAACUUUAAAAAUCUAUGUCGAGUAUAAUUAUUUAGGUAGGCAUUAACUUCGUUUAUAAGUGUAAAAAUUGUCUUCCAUCUUCAAAUUGUUCUUUUAUUGUAUUUUGUUGUGCGCAAAAUGUUUGUAAAUUUCAUCAAGUAACCUUGAUUUUAGAGUUUCCUUGCAAAAAACUAAGUAAAUUACGCUAUUCAAGUGUUAUAUUUUAAUAACUAGAAAAGUUACUAUUCCAGCCUUAAGUCAAUAAACUAGAUCACAAAGAACGUGUAAAUAAUUAGAAUCUAUACCUACCUACAUGUUCAUAGUUUUAUGAAUUGGUUUAUUUUAAGAAAUACAUCAACUUUUCAAUGUUAUUUCUAUUGGAUAGUUUCGAUUUAAGACUAAGUUACAUACAGAUACUCUCUCCAAUACGAUAAAUAGGUGAUAGUGUCUUUAUAAACAAUCAUAGUGUCACUAUGGUGUAAAAUAGUUACCUCAAACUAUCCCUCGGAUUCUAGAAACUCACCUAGUGUAAAGUAGCCAAGUCUCUGUUAAGGUAGUCACAUACAUAUAGUCUCUCCAAGACGAGUGAUAGGAGACAGUGUCUUUCUAAACAAUCAUAGUGUCACCAUGGCGUAAGAUAGUUGCUAAAAACUGUCCCUCAGAUUCGUGAAAUUCCCGUAAUUCUAUUAGCCAAGUCUCUGUAUAGGGCUAAUUUAUACGAAGACAGUUUCCCCAAUACGAGUUAUCACUCGUAUCAAGACGUAUCAUCGUAUAAUGGUGACAGUGUCUUUCUAAACAAUCAUAGUGUCUCUAUGAUGUAUAAUAGUUGCCUCAAAAUACCUAUUCCUCGGAUUCUAGAAACUCUCCCUUGUGUAAAUUAGCAAAGUCCAAAUGUUGAGGUAAAGUUACAUAAAGAUAGUCUCUCCAAAACGUGUGGUGACAGUGGGUUUCUAAACAAUCAUAUUGUCACUAUAGUGUAAAAUAGUUGUCUAGAACUGUCCCUCAGAUUCUAGAAACUUUUCUAGUGUAAAUUAGCCAAGUCUGUGUCAAGGCUCACUUACACAAAGACAGUUUCUCCAAUACGUGUGAAAAUUUGUGACAGUGUCUUUCUAAAUAACAAUCCUCGUGUCACUUGCCUACGAAGAAAUUGUCCCUCAGAUUAGAGAAACUUCUUAUAACUAAGCCUUAAAAGUAAUAAUUCUAAUAUUUACCAAAUAAUAUCCAUCUCAUGCAUCACUGACGUCAUUUUAUAAAGUAGACUGUAAAGCCUGGCGCACACUCAACAUGGGUCGUUCAACAAAGUUUUAUACUGUUAAAUUGAUUGACACUAUGAUCGUUGAAAUAAAGUCGAAAACUAAUUACCAAGACUAUUUCAACUUCGCUAGUUUUUAGUAUAGCGUUUUGUAUUACUCCGAGCUUGUCUUUUACUUAUUUCCGAUAAGCAACAUUACUUCCUUAGUCUGUGAGUAUGGUUAGCGGUGAAAUGACAGUCAUCAUGGCUGAAUGCCUAUACCUCAGUUUGAAUGACACAGGACAUGUAUAAUGUUGCAAUUCCUGCAAAGUGUUGUUGUUGUUGUUUGGCAAUGGUUUUCCACUUAACAAUUUAUAGACCAUCUGUUUAUUACAUCAACUAUUAUUAAGUGUAAGUCCGUUUCGUUUUGGAUGUAGUGGAGAGAUGUCAGACUGUGCUUAGUCUGACAUUUCUCCACUACAUCCAAUAUAUGUUAUGUGUAUAAACUAUGUUUGUGUGUAUAAACUAAAGAUUCCUUUUGAUAAAGAACUGUGUGCCUAGUGGGAGUUUUCAAUAUUUUCAUACUGUUACCAUCACGUUGACGUAAACGCAAAUUUAUAUGGAAUUGAAACAGUUGUGCAGUAGUGCCACUUGAUGGCGCUGUUUCAAUUCCUUGGAAUAUCGCGUUCGUUACGUAACAGUAACAGUAUCAAACUUCUCAGUACGCCCUUUUCAGUAGGUACAUUCAAAGCGAAACAGACUUUCAAAAGUGGAUAAACUAUUCUAAAAUAAUCCCAGAUAUACUACAUAGAUGUUAAUUUAUUUUCAACUUUAUUUCAUUGUAAACAAUGUAUUAUAUGAAUUCAACAGUGAUAUUAUGUACUUUAUUUUUUUCUGAUUUUGUACUUUCGCUAGGUGUGCGUCGGCCCUAUAUUAGAAUAUUUCGAACAAAACAGACAAAAUCUGGUCAUAAAUAUUGAUAGCUUCAGAACUCAAUGCCACGAUCUCAAUUUAUAUACGUAAUUUUGAUAUUAUAUUUUAUUUUUUGUAUUAUACUAAUGACGCAUGGUCGAAUUGAGAAUAGGAUUUUUUUAUUUCCAAAAAAUAUGUUGUUUUCUGUACAAAACGAAUGUAAUAUAGGUGAAUUGUAUUAAAAGUCAUCGUUUAAGUUGCAAAUUAAUUAAA